AUGACUAGGUUAGAAAGUAAUUGGAAAGGUUACGGAUAUAAUAGUGGUGUUCUGUUACUUGAUCUGUCUAAAUUACGAUCAACCAAUUGGAAUCAUCUAUGGUUAGGCCUAACUAGAAGAGCUAUUGAAAGACAAGGUUACUUAACCACUAGUGAGCAGGACACUAUAAAUCUAGUACUAUUUGAAUUCAAUUACAUUCUACAUGAGAUUCCAUGUGAAUGGAAUAUUCAAUUGAGUGGAGGAAGUGAUGAACAACGAUGUCCUGUAAGUUGGUUAACUUAUAAUGAAUUAAAGAAACGUAAUUAUACGACAAAUUUUAAACAACCAAAACUUAUUCAUAUUAAUCAUCAUAUAAAACCAGAUGAUGUAAAAGUGAAUGAUACACCGACUGAGUACAUUGAUCAAUCUGAUAUCACUCUUAAACAUAUGCAGAAUAAGAAGCAGGAAAACAAAAUUCACAUUGUCAUCAUAUUUGAUGGUGAUCGAGGUCUACAAUAUCUGAAUAGUCUUCUUAAAUCUAUUUUCUAUUAUCAAAAUGGAAGAUUUCGAUGUGAUUUAAAAGCUUGUUGUCUAUCAAAAUUUUGCGAUCGAUUCAUCGAUGAUUGUCAUACUGUUAUGAACAGUGGGUCGACAACAUAUACAACUGUAUUUAAUUUCUUAAUAACGACGAUUGCAUCAAAUAGUCAGUUGUUGAAUUUGAUGAAUACAUGGAAAUUACAUAAUAUGGAAUAUCAUUUUUAUAGUUGUAGUGAUUAUUUGGUAAUUGUACUAGAUAUUGAUAUACUACUUAAUACAGAUAUUAUUGAAUUAUGGAAUCAUUUUGAGUAUUUUAAGGAAACUCAGUACAUUAUAAAUCUAGUACUAUUUGAAUUCAAUUACAUUCUACAUGAGAUUCCAUGUGAAUGGAAUAUUCAAUUGAGUGGAGGAAGUGAUGAACAACGAUGUCCUGUAAGUUGGUUAACUUAUAAUGAAUUAAAGAAACGUAAUUAUACGACAAAUUUCAAACAACCAAAACUUAUUCAUAUUAAUCAUCAUAUAAAACCAGAUGAUGUAAAAGUGAAUGAUACACCGACUGAGUACAUUGAUCAAUCUGAUAUCAUUCUUAAACAAAAUGAACUAUAUGAUAAAUUCGUAUCAGUAUACCGUCAAUAUACUCGAUUACAUGAAUCAUGUUUCCAAUAG